AUGUCUAGUCCCCUUUUCUCCCCUUCUCUCCUCUUCCCCCUCCCCAUCCUCCUCACACACGCACACAAAACGGAACUUACCAUCUCACACACACUCGAUCCGCAAAAGAACCCAACCCCCCCCCCCAACGGGAAGAGCGGGACGACCAACGCAAUGCAGACUAACACCGUACACAAGCGCUGGUACUAUCGGCGGGGAAAGCGGGACAACACGAACGGAGAGGCUAGGUCGACGCUUACGCACCGUGUGACAUUGGGGCGAUUGUACGCAGCGGGUAUCUUGCACACCUACGCCGACGCCGACGCCGACGCUGGUGAGUAUGGCGGGGAUGUAGAAAAAGGGGUGGGUUGCCGCGGGGGGGUGGGGGAGAGCAAAGUUGUUCUUUACGACGACGAAUAUGAUGGACACGCUGGCGCAGUUUCUGAGAAUACCAAAACGAUUGCGAUUGGUGAGCAAGCGGGGGAAGACUCAGGAACAAGACGAUGUAUACGAAUUGGACGUCUUCUCAGAUGUACUGUCUUCACCGUUUAUCGACGACUAUUCACUCUCGUCUUUGUCGUUAAUGUCGGAGUCGCGGCGGGGGUCUUGUGGAAGCGGUAUCAGCACAACCAGCACCUCCACCAGCAACAAGUACCAGACAGCGCCGUCAAUAACGAAAACAUCACAACCCUCUCCACCCUCGCAUCAACAAACUUCCUCACAGCAACACUCCUACGACAACACUGGCUCCUCAACUUCUUUUUCCGCUCUGCGUGGCUGGUCCCAUGGCAUGUACCGCUGAGGCUGCGGAGGGUGGUAGCGCGGGUGUAUUGUUACGGGGGGAUACACAGUGGGGCAGGUGUAGCCGGGACGAUAUGGUGGGUUCUUUUCACCGCCUGUUUAAGUGUCAAGGUUAUCAAGAGCGGGGAGUAUGGGUAUACGGUGUUGGUGCUGGCGUGGGUGAUACUGGUACUGUUGGGGGUGAUUUUGGUGUUUGCGGUUCCGGGGGUGAGGAGGAGGUCGCAUGAUGGGUUUGAGGUGACGCAUCGGUUUUUGGGAUGGUGUUGUGUUGGGGGGUUUUGGGGGGAGGUGGUGCUGGUUUCGUGGCAGGGGUCGUUGGCGUCGACAUCGUUGGGGGAAGAGUUGGUAAGGAAUCCGUCGUUUUGGAACCUUAUCCUCAUCACGGUACUUCUUGUAUACCCAUGGCUCCGGCUCCGUCGCUGGACUUUCACCGCCCGUCCACUAUCCACACACGCGUUACGUCUCUCCUUUCCAAACGCCAUCCACAAGUUCUCCUGUCUUGCGAUUUCCUCGUCGCCGCUCCGCGAAUGGCAUCCUUUCGCCACUUUUCCCUUGGCUGAUCCAGAGGGCCCAUGUGCCAGCAUGGUGAUAUCCGAUGCUGGGGACUGGACGAGGAACCUCAUUCGCAGUGUGAUAGCACAAACCAAGGCUACCGGAGACGACGUGGUAAAAGUAAAUUUUUACAUAAAAUCACACCCUUCGGCUGGUGUGCUCUCGCUUACUUGUUUGUUUCCUCGCGUUCUUGUUGUGACGACUGGUUCGGGAAUUGGUCCGUGUUUAUCUUCUCUUCUUGAAAACACACUCGCUUCUUCUCGUGACCAGAGUCACCGCAGGCAGUUUGCACGUCUAGUCUGGUCUUCGCGCUCGCCGUUGACGACAUUUGGGCCGCACAUUAUGGGGUUGGUGGACAAGGCGGAUCCUGAUGCCGUCGUUAUUGAUACGGCGGAGAUGGGACGUCCGGACUUGUUGGAGGUGGCGUGGAGUAUGUAUAGGGAGUUGGAGGUUGAAGCUGUGUUUGUGCUGAGUAACCAAAAAGUGGUUGACUGGGUUGUUGGGGGGUUGGAAAGGAGGGGUGUUCCUGCUUUUGGACCGAUCUGGGAUAGUUGA